AUGGCCGUUCCACACAUCGAGUUACCGACCCGUUUUCAAGUAAUGUUCGGUGGCGUGAUCCCAGGAGUCGAUCACACAAAUCUCGAUCCAUCCGGACGAUCCGAUUUGCUCAGAACAAUCGAUAAAGCAAAGGAUGGUUUGGUUUAUUUACCGCAACGACUUGGCGAGUUUCGAGAAACGGCAAAAUUGCAAAUGGAUGAGAAAACUCUUUCUGUUCUUGGACUUCUUGAUGGGCAACUCGAACUCCGUGUUUCUCUUCAUCAAAUCGCUUCGAUUGGCUAUGUUCGAGAGGAGAUUUCCGGGCAUUUCAUUCACAUUUUGUGUGUGAAAGUUGGAGAAGUUCACAAAAAUCCCUCAAUUUUUGAUUUAGCAAUCAUGUAUUGUAGGACAAAGGAAAUAGCCGAAGCUGUUUGUGAAUGUGCGUCGAAUCGUUUCCAACGAAUCUAUCGAGAGGCUCUCAUUACUGUACCGAGCACUGUGAUCACGAGAAAUAGACUUUUGACCGAAAGUCGAACAGCUUCUUCUCCACUUGUUGACGAUUUAAGAAGUGCAGCCACUCCACCCCGAGCUCCAUCUGCUUCCACAGCUUCAACUGUGAACACAUCACUGGCAAAUGAUUACAUUCAAGAGCUUGCUAGUUGUUUGUCUACAAAUGAACUUCGCGAAUUUGCAGAAUUAAUUGGAAGAUGGCAAGUCGGAGAUCUUCCCGUUCGAGAACUCACUCUAAAAUUGAUCGAACUCUAUGGCCCGGAAAGGAGACAAGCUCUCACUAAACUUGGUGCUCUGAUGGCCGAGCAAGAACAAGAAGAGUUUUAUUCGUUUUUGGCAAUCAACGGCGUUCAAGUGGAUCUGGAUUUCAGA